AUGAACAGUCAUUUUUUAAUCCAUGCAUUAUUAACUAAUCAUAUUUAUAUUUCAUCAGAGGAAAAUAGUAACUCAUUCAUCAUUAUAGAUGAAAAUUGCAACUUAAAUGAAAUCUCAAUUUUAAUACAAAAAAAUCCUGAUCGAAAAGUCAUAAUUAAGGGCGGAUUAGAAAAUAUUCCAAAUUUUCCUGGUCUAACCUAUGCCAGGAACAUCGAAAUCAAUGCAGAAAAAAUAAAAGAAAUUACAAAGAACCUUUUCAUGAACAAUAAUAAUAUAACUAGCGUCAAGUUGUGUGAUAACAUCAAAUAUAUUGGCAAUUUUUCUUUUUUUAAUAGCUCUAUUUCUGAUAUCAAUCUUGAAAAUAUCAUUUCCAUUGGAUAUUUUGCAUUUUCUAAGUGUAAAAAGCUUAAAACAGUUAAUUUUGGCAGUUUAAAUUCUAUCGAACCAUAUUGCUUUGCAAAUUCUGCUAUCAGAGAGAUCCACUUUCCUGCUUCUUUAACAAAAGUGUCAGAUUUUGCAUGUAUGAAAUGUUGCCAUUUGAAAGUUGCUGAAAUAUAUAAAAUCAUUGGAUCUUAUGCAUUUUAUAAAUGCAAAUCUUUGUGUGAAAUAAAGAAUUCAAAUAAUGUAUCUGAAAUAGGAUCAUUUUCACUUUGUUACACAAAUUUAACAGAAGUUGAAUUCGGAGAAAAUGUACAAAAUAUCAGACUUUCAUAUCUGGCCGGAUCGCCGAUUAAAAAAAUUGUUUCCAAAAGCUAUAUCGAAUUCGAUUUUAACAUAGAAACUGUAAGGACAGUUAUAUUCAAUGCAAUGGUAUAUUCAAUUAGUAUACGCAAUAUGAACAUUGAAGAACUUCAAUAUCCAUAUGGAACAGAAGGAAUUUCAAUUUCAGAUUGCCCAAAUAUUAGAACACUUCAUCGUGGCUUUAUCAAUUUAUAUUGUGCAAACAAUCUAAUAUCUCUUGAAGAAGUUGAUUUAUCUGAUUGCCAGUACAUAGCAGAAAAUUCUUUUUUUUAUUGCCCAAAUUUAACAAACGUGAUAGGUUGGGCAGAUCAUCCAAUGAGUGUGGGCCAACAAAUAUUUCAAUUAUGUUAUAAGAUAGAUAUAAGUAUAUGGAAUGAAAAUAUUUCAGCUUAUUCAAUUGAGAGUGAAAUUAUGACAUUCAGAGGUGUUUUGGAUCAUACAUAUAUAACAGAAAUGAAUAUAUUUAUAAGUGAUGAUUUUACAACAUUUUAUGAUUGCAAAAAGCUAAAAAAUGUGGUAUUUGCAGAAGGAAUUGAAAGAAUUUAUAGUUAUCAAUUCAAAGACUGCAUUAGUUUGACAGAGGUUGUAUUGCCAAAUAGUAUUAAAUCUAUAGGAAAGAGAGCAUUUGAAAAUACAAAAGUAGAAAACAUAAAUACAAGGGGUAUCGAUUUUUGCAUCAAUUCAUUCAAUAAUUCACAUAUAAAAGAACUAUAUAUAUCGAGAGUAUAUAAUAAAACCGAAUACUUUCACUAUAUUUAUGGACAAAAUGUAAUGUGGUAUGUUUCAGUUAUCUUCUCUGAUGCAGAGGCAUAUUGGAUAAAUCAAGAAGAAUUUGAAAAUAAUGAUUAUAUGAGUAAUACAAAGUAUUUAAUUCAACUUCCUUUCCUUGAAAAAAUAAUAUUAAGCGAUGAAUUGGAUAGUUUCACAUUUAAUUUAUAUCAGUGUGAAAUGCCAAAUCUAAGAGAAAUUGAAACUCACAAUGAUAGUUUAAGAUUUGAAAAUGGAGUGUUAUACAGCUCUGAUUAUAAAAAACUAUAUGCAUAUGCUUCCGCAAAUACACAAAAUGAAUUCACAAUUCCAUCAUCAGUAGAAUAUGUGGAAAAAUAUGCUUUCACCUUUGCAAAAAACCUUGAAAAAAUAAUUUCGCAUAUUUAUCAACCUGAAAUAUUUAGAGAAUCAAAGUAUAUAAAAACUAUUGAAUUCACUUGCCAAGUCAACAAAUUCGAAGAAAACACAUUUAAGAAUUGUGUUGCUUUAGAAAAAAUUGUCAUUCCAAAUGAUUGUGUAAUAAGUUAUUUAGGACCAAGUUGUUUUCAGAAUUGUAAGACACUUAGAUCAUUAACAUUUUCGUAUGAUUUAGAAGAUGUUGGAAUAAGUUGCUUUAGAGGUUGCACAAAUCUUACGAGUGUUAAUAUGGCAAGAGUCACAUUAAUAAGAGAAUCUCUGUUUUUAGAUUCAAAUGUUGAAGAAAUGAAUAUAACAGGAUGCAAUAGUUUAAUAAAAAUUUCUAGUGGUGCCUUUAAUCAUUCAAAUAUUAAGGAAGUUGUAUGUCCAGAUAACUUAGAAAUAAUUGAAUCAGAGGCUUUUUCAAAUUGUUUAAAUCUGAGGAGUUUACAAUUUAAUGAAAAAAUUUUUUAUCUUGGAGAUCGUUCAUUUGCAAACACAAAAUUAGGCAAUGUUUAUAUACCAAAUUCAAUGGUUACAAUUGAUCCAAACGCAUUUUAUAAUUGCUUUGACAUUAGCUUUCAGUUUCACCCAGCUGGUCAUCCAUUAUUUCAUACAUAUCAAAACUGUUUCAUGAAUCGAGCAAGUUUAGUUCUAUUCACAUUUGGUCGUCAAAGAAAUAUAGUAUCAGAUGAAAUUAAAGGAGUUGAAAGCCUUAAUGAUCAUUGCUCAAUAAAAUUGAUUAAUCUAGUUGUAGAAGAUGCAAGAUUAAAUCUUGAAAUCAAUCCUUUACAUUAUAUCGAACAAUCAAUUACUGUUACGAUGGAAAAGGAUUUUGAGAAUAGAUAUACAAAGUUAAAUUCAGACUAUUCAACUUAUAUUAUUCCAGAAGAUGCUUUUGAAUCAAACCCUGAUUUUCAUUCCAUUCAACCUAUUGAAACUUAUCAAACUUAUGAAUUUCCAUAUAUAAAUUCAUCACUUCCAUUUUUCAACUUGAAAGUGACUUCAAAUUUAGUAAUUGUACUCAUCACAUCCAUCAUUUUACUCUUUAUUUGUAUUGUUUGCCUAUCGGUGAUAUUAUUUAUUAAAAAAAGAUGA